CAGGCGCAACUUGGGGUGGCAUUCAGAAUUAUCUCACAAUCGCACAGUUAUUUGUCACCAGUUUUCGGCCGUGGGUUCGCAGUAGCUAGAUAAUCUAUUAUUCGUUUCUUGUCAGCGGACAGCGGAUACCUCUUGGUUCGAGUCGGAUCACUAGGAGGGGAAACAGGGAUCACCAGAGCUGCCCCGCCUUAGAUAGCCGGUUUCUGACGGUUCUGGGGUAAUCCAGAAGAAUUACCGGGUCCAAAAUCAUAGUGAACAAGCGAGGAAUACAAGCGCAGACAAAGGCUCAUCAUGAGUGGUCCCGAAUCCCACCCAAUCCCCGAGGCUUUUGAGCUUCGAAAGCGCAGGAUCCUUGCCGAACUAUCCAUUCCUGACGCAGAGUAUACUGAUCUCUCACCCAAGGGGUCGGUGGAUGAAGGCAUCCGUGAACUGAUCGAUGAUAUCAACACCUUGCCCGGACUAGUAACCACCAGCAGUUGUGCAGGGCGGAUCAGUGUCUUCCUAGAAGGGAGAAAGAAGCGGCAUCAGCCACAGCCACAGCAACAGCAACAGCAGCAGUCGUCGGAAGUUCAACAGAGACAAUUCGUACCUUCAGGGGGCAAAGGAGCCGGGAAAUGGCUGUAUGUCUCGCAUGAUGCGUUGAAGGAGCAUGGAGGAAAGAAAGGUGAAGCAGAAGAUGAUGCGGACAAGGAGAUCAACAUGGAGAGACCGCUGCACCGCCUAUUCGGGAUGAUUCCUGGAGACGGGAAACCGCCAAAGCUGGACGAAUCCGGUCAAGCCCCGCGUCUCGUGCGCUUCUCCUAUGAGCCGAUGAUUCUCCAUAUAAUGGCAGCGACCCUCCACCACGCCAACCCCGUCCUUUCCGCCGCCUCCAGCUCCGGGUUCCGCGAAAGCGGACUCCAGAGCCUUCGCUGUUUAGAUGCAGACGAUGCAGACGGCCCCAGCCCCAUCGUUGCUGUCCGCUCCGCCGGCAUGGCUCUGGAGUCACUCAUCGGGUACUGCGAAGAGAAGGAAAUUGAUGAUGACGGCGGCGAGUCCGAGCCCAUCAUUCGCAGUUUGGUAACGGAGGAAUACCUGGAGAUGUUGAUCGCCAUCUCGAACGAACGGUUCGUCAUCAACUCGGAACGCAAGGAACGCUUCCGGUCAAGUCUGGUGGAGAUGUGUUCUGCGGAUCAUGCUCUAGGCGUGAAGGCGAAGGGGAAAGCGAAACCGGUGGGCUGGGAGGAUCCUGCUGCACGCAGGGAAAGGAUGAGGGCGGAAGGACUAAGGAAGAAGCAGCAGCAGCAGCAGCAACUCGAACAGAAGAACCGAAAAGAGGAAGGAGACGGUGGAAACAAAAACAAAGAGAACGAUACAUUCAUAGCUUAG